AACAUUGAUUGAACGGAUGAGCAAAGGGAUCGAACCCUAAAUCUUCUCGUUUCUGAAAAAGAUAACAACAUUCUAUUAAACUCUUUCUUUCUUGUUAAGCCCUCUCUGUGCAUCUGUCGCCAUUCUCGCCCGCCCCCAAACCCAGCACACAACCCUUGCUUCGAUUUAUGGUCGUUCUCGUCCAUUCCCAACCCUUUGGAACACACACAUAUUGAUGAGAUCUCCUCCCGUUAGAAAAACCAGCCGGGACGAGACGACGAUUCUCUGGUUGCGCCCGCCCACCAACCAAAUUCCAACCGUCGCUGCACCGCACCCAACUUUUUAAGUGCGCUACAUUCUUCGAUUUGUCUGGUGCUCCUCUCUUGUUCGUAUUUCUGACAAAGAUUUUGAUAAUUAGCUACCAAAUUGACUGCGGUUGCUGCUAAUUGAUUCUGGGAAGGGAAGAAGAAAUCCAUGUGGCUUCGACGAACCAAAUCAGGGGUUCGGAUCCACAACGCUUAUCCCCCAAAAUUUGGCUGCACAUCCUUCAAGGACGUCCACAGUCUCAUCGACGACGGCGGCGGAUCGCCGAAGAAGCAGCCGGCCAUUUGUCACCGCACCCGCAGCGUCAAGUCCUUUCUGCGCACCCUUUCCAAAUCCACAUUUCCGGAAAAUGUGGCGGAGGAGCCAGAGGCAGAGCCCGAGCCCGAGCCCGACCCGGACAUCCGUAUCCCCGGCGCGGAGAAGCUCGUGGUGUUGUACUUCACGAGCCUGCGGAUCGUCCGCCGUACAUUCGAGGAUUGCAAGACCGUACGGUCAAUCCUGUCGGCUUUCCGCGUGCCGAUCGACGAGCGGGAUCUGUCGAUGGAUUCGGGGUUCAUCGACGAGCUGCAGAGGAUCCUGGGGCUGUCAAAGCGGUCCAAAUUGACGCUCCCUAGGGUCUUCAUCGGCGGCAGAUACAUCGGUGGGGUGGAGGACGUCCGGCGGCUCCACGAGAGCGGCGAAUUGAAGAAGUAUGUGGAAGGGCUACCGGUGGCGGAGCCCGGCACGUGCGAGGCAUGCGGUGGGUACAGAUUCCUUCUCUGCGUGGAGUGCAGCGGAAGCCACAAGUGCUACAGCGAGAAAGCAGGGUUCAACAGUUGUACCUUGUGCAAUGAGAAUGGUCUCAUCAGGUGCCCUUCUUGUUCCUCAUCCUCUGCCUCGGCGCCGCCUCUCUGAGCCAAUUUCAUUCACAAGAACUGAACUAAACUAAACUGAACUAAUCUUCCUUUUUGACACGCCCUGAACAAAACAAAACAAAAUUUUAGUUUGUUGCUGAGAAAAUUUUAGUGUGGAAUGCAAAAGGCACCGAUGGAGGCUUUUAGUGUUUUUAGAGUGUGAGAGAAUAUUAUUGUUUUUAUGCUUUUGUUUUGCCUUUUUCUUUUUGCCUGCCUCUCUAUGUUCUUGGGGAUAGUCGGCUUAGUUUUGUGUUUGUGUUGAGAUUUAUAUAGGGUUUUUUUUGUAUGUAUUCUUCUUCAUUCUGGUAGUAGCAAAGUUAAUAAGAAAAAGAGGAGUUUGGAUGAUGCAGGAGCAUCAUCUUUGAUCUUGAAAUGUUGAGGUUCUUGUAUUUGUUUUGUGUAUACUAACAAAUGUUUGUUUCCAAGUUUCUGAGAUUGAAACAAGUAAGAUGAUGUGAUGUGGGACUGGGUUAAGAUCUGAAAAUGGAAUUGGAUGGAAGAUGAAAGAAGAAGAUGGAUGGAUUGGGUGGAUGUUGGAACCAUGGAAGGACUGAUACUUUUUGUAGUUGAGUGAAGUUGGAGGAUGGCAACAUAUCCCAAUCCAUUGUUGAUUUGAACGUUAAAAGAUUAUCAUCUAUCUGUCUAUCUAUCUAUCCAUCCAAGGGACAAACUGGAAGAAGACUACUUUUGUUGAGUGAGAAAACUUGAUGGAAGAUUUGUUGUUGAGUUUGAGAUCCUCAGGAUCCGGUGUAUGCGAAAUUGCAACCGGCGCUCGCCCAAAUUCCGGUGAACACGAAGAUACAUCUCUCCCCGUUUGUUACGCCCAAAGAGGACAAAUAUAAAAUUUGGCGUAAUUGGCAGAAAAAGUAAAGAAAAAUUCAGAUUUGCACAACCUAAUUAGUCAUGGCCAUGACUAACUAUACCCUUCUGACAUGGGAAUUUAAUUAAAGGCCCAAAAGCCAGUUACAAAAUAAUUAGGGCAAAAAUUAAAUAAAAAUGGAGGAUCACACGUUUUAGAAGGGGGAGAAAGGCCAGAGCAUAUACGCAUAGGAGCAGGAGACUGACUGACUCAAAGAUCGUGCAUAAGCAAAUCGACAGAGAAUAUUUCCCCUCCAACUAUGACUUUAUUGUUCUCUAUUGUUCUUUGUUAUUUGAUUAUGUAGUAGUUAU